UAAUAGCCGAAUAUAUAAUACAUUUAUAAUUUUUAAAAAUAUUAUUAAAUAUUGAUUUUUUUUAUAAUAAGUAAAAACGGUAGUUCUGAGUAUCUAAAUAAUGAAAUUUAUAGAAAAUAUGUUGAAAGUUUUUGGCGGGUGUUGCGCGAGUGCUUUUCUUAUGGAAAUAUUAAUGGCAAAGACACCUGAUAGUGCCAAUUUAGUAACAUUCCUCCAAUUCUUUUUUAUUUCUCUACAAGGUUUUAUAUUUACUACAAAAUUUGGCACGGUAAAACCGAAAAUACCAUUGAAGCAGUAUGCAUUUCUGAUUACAUUAUUUUUCAUCACAAGUGUUGCCAACAAUUAUGUAUAUGCAUUGCAUGUGCCUUCCACGCUGCAUAUGAUUAUAAGAUCAGCUUCAUCUCCAGCCAGCAUGUUAGUUUACUGUUGUGUAAAAAAACAAUAUCCAAAAAUGACAAAGGCCAUUGGAUCUGUUUUAAUAAGCAUUGGUGUUGCCCUCGCUAUGUAUGGAGGUGCACCAACUGUUGAAAGUAAAGGCAAAUUUAUAUAUUGGUGUAUUGGGGUUGCCAUACUAUUGUCUACAUUAAUUACGGGUGCAUUUACUGGAUUGCAACAAGAGAUGCUUUAUUCAAAGUAUGGGAAACAUCCUGAUGAGAUGCUUUUCUACACGCACGCUAUUCCACUCCCAUUCUUCCUUGGAAUAUAUCCUCAACUUCAGGAAUCAGCGCUGAGCCUGUCGUCCUAUUUAUGGAUACUGGUAGCAUUAAACAUUGUAUCUCAGUUUUACUGUACAUACUCCGUCCACGAACUGGCCACUAAGGAAACGACUGUGACCGUAACUUUUAUAUUAACGCUAAGGAAAUUUUUAUCACUUUUAAUAUCUACUAUAGUUUUUAAGAACAACUUAACUUAUUUACAUGUGUGCGGUACAGUAUUCGUAGUUGUCGGCACUUAUAUUUAUUUCGAUUUCUUUAAGCGAAAAAUGCAAAGACCUGUUAGUUUGAAGGACAAAUGAUUUACAUAG